AUGCACGCAUCCACUUCCGCCAAGAAACAAGAAGCGCGGAUCGCCGCGUUGCAGGAGGAAAUCGAGGACCUCCAGAAGACGCUUGGGGAGGGAGAAGACGCAGCCAAGAUAGUUUCCAGGCAUAUCACGCUCUUGCACCAAUACAACGAGGCCAAGGACGCCGCACAGAUUCUCAUUGGCAGGUUGGCGACAAACCGCCAGAUGACAAUCCGGCAAGUCCACGAAGAUUACGGAUUGACCGAUCGCGACUGA